ACGGCACAGUGAACUUGGAAUCGUUUGAGAGCUGAAUCAGGCGUGGAGUGAAGAUCUUGGUACAUUUUGUUCUGCAUAUUACGGCAAAUUUAUAUGUGAGAGGAAUCGAAGUGAGAGAAGGUGCCAAUUGGAAACCUUUUUACUACCAAUCUAUGCCUUGUCGCCUUAUACUUUGGUGAUUUAGAUGGAUGUUACUUCUCUGGGUUCAAAUAGCAACACCCAAACCGAUCAACAUCCUUUGCUGAUGGAGCAGACGGAAACCCGUAAUGGCCAUCAGCAUAUAAUUGACAUUACAAGGAAUGGUGAAGCUUUAACCACAUCAUCUCAUAAUGAUCAACACCCUGAAAUGCAUUUACAGCAGAAUGAAGAUCAACCAACUGGGGAGACACAAGACUCCACUCAUCAAAAUUCAUCUUCUACAUCCAGAUUAAACUCUAGAAAUUCCACCUCAUUGAGAAGAGGUGAUGGAUAUGGUCAUCGCAGAAGGAGUCCAUUAAAUUCUGGACUUUGGAUUUCUGUUGAGCUUGUAGUCACUGUGAGUCAGAUCAUAGCAUCUAUCGUGGUUUUGUCAUUGUCCAGGAAUGAAAAUCCCCAAGCCCCAUUAUUUGCCUGGAUUGUGGGUUAUGCAUCUGGUUGUGUUGCCACACUUCCUAUUCUUUACUGGCGUUUUCGAAACCGUAAUCAAAGCACUGAACAAGAUAUGUCUCAACCAUCUCAAGGAUCUUCUGGAAGCAAUCCUCCAGAUCGUACUUAUACUGCCAUUUAUGUUUCACAUGUCUCGGAUGAGGAGAAUGGUCAUGCUGCCCAAUCAGCCGCAAGAAACACUAUAAUUCCUGGAGCCUUUACUUCUAGGUUUAAUGGAUUAGUAGACCAUUUCAAGAUGGCCUUGGAUUGCUUCUUUGCAGUUUGGUUUGUGGUAGGAAAUGUUUGGAUCUUUGGAGGUCACACUUCUCCUUCUGAUGCUCCACAAUUGUAUAGAUUAUGUAUUGUGUUUCUUACCUUUAGCUGCAUUGGAUAUGCUAUGCCAUUUAUACUUUGUGCAACCAUAUGUUGCUGCCUGCCUUGCAUAAUUUCUGUUUUGGGCAUUCGAGAGGAUUUUUCUCAAAAUAGAGGAGCAACUGUAGAAUCAAUUAACGCUCUACCAAUCUACAAGUUCAAGUUGAAGAACAAUGAAAUGGGUGAUGAUCAGGAUGUCAAUGCUGCUAUAGAUGAUGGUGGGAUUUUGGCUGCAGGAACAGAAAAAGAGAGGGUGAUUUCAGGAGAAGAUGCUGUUUGUUGCAUUUGCUUAGCAAAAUAUGCAGAUGAUGAGGAGCUUAGGGAAUUGCCUUGCUUUCACGUUUUUCACGUAGCAUGUGUUGACAAAUGGUUGAAGAUAAAUGCAUCCUGCCCUCUUUGUAAAAGUGAAGUUGGUCCGAGUAAUGGAGGGUCACCUUCAGCCUGGGACUCCAGUCCUCAUUAGAUAAGAAUGGAUACCAAGACAGCAGAAGCUAAGUUUAUCUUAGCCAAAGGUACAUAUCCCCCCUGAAGUUGCUCCUUUUCAAGUUUACAUCAUCAAACCUUUGGAUUAUGCUUUGAAGGUGAGAUCCAAAGAUAGAUGCAAAUUAAGUAAUAUCUUGAGCAUAUGUGAUGUUACGAGCUAAUGAAAGGUUGAGAAUGUGUUUACCCGCCCUAGUCACUUUCUUUUCCUCUUUUUUUCCCAACAUCUGCACCGGUUUUACAUACUCGCCAAGUAUUGUUUGUAGAAAAUAGGUUGUUUCAAAUCCUCCUUCGUUUAUCAGUUCUCUUUCUGUAUAUAUAACAAAAUUUAAUGAAAAUGUUGAUUUUUUAAAAAAAAAUUUAAAACUCUGAAAUAAGCUGAAUUUUUUUAAAGGUGAUUUGUUAUCAUGAUGGCGUCAAAAUCCUAACACCUGCUUCACCCAGUUUUAGUUAAUUAUCUAUUUGAAUUUUAAGCGUUUACUGAUUUAUU